CCCCUUUCUUCUAGUAAACUAUUCUGAUCACCUCUGACCUUUUGGAGAGUUAGUCUUCAACAGUCAUUGCGUGUAAUAUGUUGUUAAACCAGAUCGUUCAGCGGUCAGUGUUUCUGACAAGGCUUCUGCCACAGUCCUUUAGAAUAGAGCAAACAGUGUCACCGGUGUGCCGGCGGUAUUACUCCAGUAAGGAAGAACAGAAGAAGAAGCAACUAAAAAUCUACACAAGGACUGGUGACAAAGGAAAAUCCAGUUUAUUUACUGGAGAGAGACGGAAGAAAGAUGACACCAUCUUUGAAGCACUAGGAACAACAGAUGAGCUGUCCUGUGCAGUAGGGCUAGCUGGAGAAUUUGGCAAUGAUGCUGGACAUCAGUUCAUGGACAGGCUAGAAAAGAUCCAAAGUUUACUACAAGAUGUGGGGUCCAACAUUGCCACACCACGGACUAAGGCACAGGAUGGAAAACUGGCUCGGACAGAAUUCCCCUCUGGUUCAGUAGAGGAGCUGGAAGGAUGGAUUGAUGAGUACACAGAACAGCUGCCUCCUCUAACCAACUUUAUACUGCCUUCUGGAGGAAAAACCAGCGCUUCUCUCCACAUGGCUCGAGCUAUCUGUAGAAGAACUGAAAGAAGACUGGUGCCCCUGGUCAGCUCAGGGGAUGUAGAUGCUGAAGUAGGCAGAUAUAUCAACAGACUGAGUGAUUUUCUCUUCACCCUUGCACGUUUUGCGGCAAUGACUGAAAACAAGGAAGAAAAGAUAUACAGGAGGGUCAAAGGUCAAGACAAGUAAUCUCCAAGCAGAUACAGGGUCCGGCUCAGUGUUUCAUACAUCAAUACAUGUUUCUGCAGUGUUUUGUAUGUUCUUGUGGUUUUUUAGAAAGACAAAAAAGAUGUGCAAAAUGCAGUAAGAAUGUUACACAUUGGACUCCACUAGGAGAUGAAUCCUUAAACCUGACUCAAGGAAUGAAUGACAAUUAAAGAAGAUUUUUUCUUGAGACCCAAAA